CUUUCGGCGCCUAUCCGCCGCCUUCCCUUGGCAGCAGCCCGGCCGGACCCGCGGUGCACAUGAUGCGAGUUACGGACACGCUUCUUUCAACCCCCUCAUAUUAACGCUUCGGGCUCGCCAGGCGGUUUUGGGGGGGCCACGCUUUUGACGCAGGAACCCGCCGGCUUUCGGAAGGGCGAAUACUCGGCAGCGCUUUUGCGGAUCCCCGCCGUCGCCGUCGACGCCGAAGGGAUCAGCUGGUGCCGCGCGGGCAGGCGCGUGCGCAGGUCGAUGCGUAUCUACAGCAGCCUUCAUUCCGCGUCCCCCCCCCCCCCCUCUCUCGCGUGUGCCUCGCGACAAUGAGUGAAUACUUCACCCUCUCGGAUUGCGACGUUAUUGGCUUCGAUUUGGACCACACUCUCUGCCGGUACCAUUUGAAGGAGACCUCCAGGUUGAUCUAUGAGAGCUUCGCCAGGUAUCUGGUGGAGCAUAAGGGCUAUGACAGUGACCUCCUGAACUUAACCCCUGCUACUUGGGAUUUCUGUUUCAAAGGGCUGGUGGUGGACCUCGAGGAUGGGAACCUGGUGAAGUUGGCUGAAGAUGGGACUGUCUUAAGAGCAACACAUGGGACCAAUGACCUCAGCACAGAAGAGAUCAUUAAACACUACGGUCAGAAUAGGGAAUGGAAGCACUUCAACAGCCUCAGUACCUCCUUCACAAGAUCUGCAAAAUAUUAUUUCUAUGACAAUUAUUUUGAUCUACCUGGGGCUCUUCUGUGCGGAAGGGUUGUGGACAUGUUGCACAAGCGUGGAAUUGAAGUGAAUUCUGACUUUUGGAAGGACAUGGUUGCUGCCAUUGACCACAACUACAACACAUCUGCAUUUAAAGAUGACUCGGGUACUUACUUCCCCAGUGUGAAGAGGGACCCCGGCCGGUACCUGCAGCCCUGCUCCGACUCGGUCAAGAGCUGGCUGCGCAGCAUGAAGAACGCCGGGAAGGUCCUGCUGCUCAUCACCAGCUCUCACAGUGACUACUGCAGGCUCAUCUGUGAACACAUCCUGGGGAAGGACUUCGAGGAGCUUUUCGACGUCGUCAUCACGAACGCCCUGAAGCCUGGCUUUUUCUCCCUGGUUCCCCAGCAGAGGCCCUUCAGAACCCUGGUGAACGACGUGGAGGAGAGCGAGGGUCUGCCGUCGCUGGACAAGCCCGGCUGGUAUUCGCAGGGAAACUGGCCGCAUCUCCACGAGCUGCUCAGAACCAUGACCGGAAAGGCCGACCCCAAGGUGGUGUACUUCGGGGACAGCAUGCGGUCAGACAUGUUUCCCGCCAGCAGCUUCGGGAAGUGGGAGACGGUGAUGAUCGUGGAGGAAAUGGAGGGAGAGGGCGUCCUAAGGAGCGACAUGGCCACGUCCAACGAGGCCCAGGCGGAGCCGCUGGAGAAGAAGGGCAAGUUCGAGGACCAGGGUAUGAAGACGCCCUCGGCCGUGUCCAAGCAGUGGGGCUCUUACUUUGUCGAUGAUCACAAGAGCGGUGGAGGGGAUGAAGAAAGCCAGAAACUGACCUGGUGCUGCCACUGUAUUCAUAAAUACAGCACCAUGGCCAUCCCCAGCGUGGAGCACAUAGCAGAUCUCCCUUUGGACUACAAGUUCCCCAGGUUCUCCCCCGACAAGCCCUGCACCACCGGCUACUACCCCAGACCCCCGGAUUCUCUGCUGAAAAGGUGCCAGAGUUUGUCUCAAGAAUAACCGCCACCACCCAACAACUUUACCCCCCCCCCCCAGGCCUCAGGAGAGGAACGUGCCUCCAUUUUCACCAGUUGUUUCCUCCUCACAUGACCCGCCCUCCUUUCCAGUGCCCCCAACCACCGUAUGAAGAGCACAGAAACCAUCCUCCCGUUCAGAGAAACCACGUGAAUGUAAAACCAUAGUGUCUGUCCGUAGUUACACCCACCCACAUACCUGAGCGUCGUUUUCGUGACUUAUCGUAAACGUGCGUGUGAGUGUCGGCAUAUAGUAACGAUAAAAGGUGUACUGUUAUUGUUUUCGUGAGAAGCCCGCCCGCCCCCCCCCCCCCCAAUCCCAUUCUUUUGUAUUGUAGAGAAGGUGGAUCACGAGAAAUUUCCAGAGCGAAUAUGUGUGUUGCACAAACAAAGCAAGUGUGUAAGUGUGGACUCUGGGACUCCCGGCACAGUGACGAGAACCUCCGAGUUUCCCUUCGGCAUUAUCUCGCGACUCGAACCCGACUUGUCACGCGAGCCAUUAUCCCGACAUGAGAACCCCUCGUUAGUUGAUCUUUCACAUUAAGUGCAAAUGGUGUUUGUAUGUCAAGUAGGACUAUUUGUAAAGCGACAUGAGUUAUGACAUUGUUGUUGUGUGUUAUCAGGGUUUUUAUCGGUUAUUAUUUGGCUGUAUCGCAUUUCAGUGGUUUGGGCGUCACGUGGAAGGCCUGUCGUGUUCUCCCCCGUGUCAGUUUCGUGGACGGUUCUAUUCGGGUCAUUGUCGCCGAAGACGCGUAGCACAGUCCUGUCCUUGGUGUUGGCUGUGUCGAUGAGCACAACUACUCCGGCCAUGCGGGGAGCGUGUCGAUCUGUUACCCGUCUCUUGUUAUUUUAGUGCAACGGUGAAAAGUGUGCCCUUUGAGUGGGGGGGGGGGGGGAACCCCCCAAUGUGUGUAAAACUGUGGCACACUUGUGCUUCGUAAUGCGGUACCGAAGGUCGCCGUAACCGACUUCUGAAUGGUUAUUUUGUCGGUGUGCGUAGACGGGUCGUGCCGCGGUACCGACCGGACCCGUGUGUCACGGGCGAACGGCUGGUAUUUGGACACCGAGAGGCGUACGCUAGCUCACAACACACGCGUUAAGAUGUUGGUCAUCCAAAUUCAGCCCUGACUUGUGGCCCGGAAACGGUUGACAUGCACAUUUCUGCCUUAUGUUGAACUCAUCCGUGGUCUUACGUUCCUGAAAGCACAGGGGGCGCCUGCGUUGGAAGUGUUGAAGCACUGUCAAUGGAAUAAAAU